CCGUCCCCCCACCCGAGGCUGGAGCUCAGCGGCGGAGGUGGCCGUGCCGCUCUAACAGUAGCAGGGCCGAACGCGGCCCACCGGCAGGGCGCAGAGGGGGAGGAGGCGCGCGCCUGGGACGAGCAGGUCGCCCACGAGGGAGGGGUGCGCCCGCCCACUGCCCUGCUGGCCUGCACUGACCCCUCCCGUGCCGCGGGUCAGGACCCUCGGCAAGACUUCUGGCUGUGACCCAUGGGCCUCUGAGGAGGCGUAAAUACACCCAGCUUCCUACUUGCUGUGUUCCCACUCAAUGGGAAGGGAACCAAGGCCUUGUCUAACCAUCGGCCACGGGCUCCCCAUAGCAUCAGGAUGGAAGUCAAAGGUCAGCUGAUCAGCUCUCCUACCUUCAAUACCCCAGCUGCUUUGUUUGGAGAGGCUGCCCCCCAGGUGAAGUCAGAGCGUCUUCGGGGGCUGCUUGACCGGCAGCGGGUCCUUCAGGAGGCACUCAACUUAAAACUUCAGGAGCUCCGAAAAGUUUGUCUCCAGGAGGCGGAGCUCACUGGCCAGUUGCCCCCUGAGUGCCCGCUGGAGCCUGGUGAACGACCCCAGUUGGUCCGCCGGCGGCCCCCUGCAGCCCGUGCCUACCCUCCACCGCAUCCUAACCCAGCACAUCACUCCUUGUGCCCUGCUGAGGAGUUGGCUCUUGAGGCCCUGGAGCGGGAGGUGUCAGUGCAGCAGCAGAUCGCUGCAGCUGCUCGUCGCUUGGCCUUGGCCCCUGAGCUGAGUGCUGAGCAGCGGCGGCGCCGGCGCCAGGUGCAGGCAGAUGCACUGAGGAGGCUGCAUGAACUGGAGGAACAGCUUGGAGAUGUUCGGACCCGCCUUGGCCUCCCAGUGCUUCCACCCCAGCCACUACCACUGUCCUCAGGGGCACUCAUCACUACCCAGGGAGUCUGCCUAGGUACACGCCUCACUCAGCUCAGCCAAGAAGAUGUAGUCCUGCACUCAGAGAGCAGCUCUCUUUCAGAAUCUGGGGCCAGCCAUGACAAUGAGGAGCCCCGUGGCUGCUUCUCUCUGGCAGAGCGCCCCUCACCACCCAAGGCCUGGGACCAACUUCGGGCAGUAUCUGGGGGGAGCCCUGAGAGGCGAACCCCAUGGAAACCACCCCCCUCAGAUCUUUAUGGAGAUCUGAAGAGCCGGCGGAACUCUGUGGCCAGCCCUACCAGCCCCACCCGCUCGCUGCCCAGGAGUGCCUCCAGUUUUGAGGGGCGAAGUGUGCCUGCCACCCCUGUCCUCACCCGGGGCACUGGCCCCCAGCUGUGCAAACCUGAAGGCCUCCAUUCUCGCCAGUGGUCCGGCAGUCAGGACUCCCAGAUGGGCUUCCCCCGGGCGGACCCUGCCUCCGAUCGCGCCUCCCUCUUCGCAGCUCGCACCCGGCGCAGCAACAGCUCUGAGGCCCUGCUGGUGGACCGGGCAGCUAGCGGGGGAGCUGGCUCCCCACCUGCCCCUUUGGCUCCCCCUGCCACUGGUCCCCCAGUCUGCAAAAGCAGUGAGGUGCUGUAUGAGCGCCCCCAACCACCCCCUGCCUUCUCCUCCCGCACAGCUGGCCUCCCAGACCCUCCCCGGGCCACCCGACCAAGUUCAGCUGCCCCUGUCUCCCGAGGGGCCCCCAGGCUCCCACCUGUGUGUGGGGACUUUCUCUUGGACUAUUCCUUGGACCGGGGCCUGCCUCGUAGUGGAGGCGGGGCAGGCUGGGGGGACAUGCUGCCUGCAGCUGAGGCCCCAGGACCCCUCUCCCGUCGGGACGGGCUCCUUGCCAUGCUCCCUGGCCCACCACCUGUGUAUACAGCUGACAGCAGCAGCCCCCUCCUCCGCAGCAAGGAUCCCCACACCCGUGCUACUCGUACCAAGCCCUGUGGCCUGCCCUUGGAAGCUGCUGAGGGCCCAGAGGUGCAUCCAAACCCUCUGCUGUGGAUGCCCCCACCCACCCGAAUACCCCCGGUUGGUGAGCGCAGUGGUCACAAGAAUCUGGCCCUGGAGGGGCUGAGGGACUGGUACAUCCGGAACUCGGGACUGGCCAUGGGGCCCCAGCGCCGGCCUGUGCUGCCACAUAUGGGCCCACCACACCCGCCCUUCCUCCAUUCCCGCUGCUAUGAAGUGGGCCAGGCGCUCUAUGGGGCCCCCAGCCAGGCACCGCUCCCACACUCGAGGAGUUUCACAGCACCCCCUGUCUCCGGCAGGUAUGGGGGCUGCUUUUAUUGAUGAUGGGUAGGGGUCUCUUGAAGCAUAUGUUGAAGUUAUCCAGGCCAGGGAACUAGUCAUGAUAGCUAAUGACUGGGAGCACAAGGACAUUAGUUGCAGCAUUGGCACACUGUACCAGGUGUGAGCAGUGUUAGUCCUUAGGGUCCUGGUGGAGGGGGAUCUUGGGUGCUGGUAGUAGUAGCUCUUUACCAAGCUAUAGAAGGAGGGCCUAGGAGAUAGCUCAGUAGUGUAUGUGCUAGCCUGGCAAGUACAAGGUCCUGAGUUUGAUCCCUGGUACCAAAAAAGUAAAAAAAGGCAAGCUGUAGAAGGAUUUUAAUAUUCUAACUAGUGCAUGUCAACUGGAAAUGAGCUUUGAAGCCAGGGUGCUGGGAGGAAGGGACAUCAUGUGCCCCUUACCUUUCUGUUCCUCUUUUUCCAUGCCCCAUGCUUGGGACCCUUGAAGGUGCUGUCAUAUGCCUGCCUUCACCUCUUUAAUGAGCCUAUUUUCCUCUUUCUUUCUGUGUCUUGUCUGUCUUUUCUUUGGUUUUCCCUACCCUGUCCUCCGGAUUCCUGCUAUCCCUUCUAAAGAUACUACGCGGACUUCCUGUACCCCCCGGAGCUGAGCGCUCGCUUAAGUGACCUGACGCUAGAGGGGGAGCAGUCUUCCAGUUCUGACCCCCAAACCCCAGGGACACUGGUUUGACUCUGAUAUGCCCCUUGUUGGCCUGAGCAUGACUCCAACUUGGGGAGCACAAAGGCGACCUUGCUGAGCUCUGGGAUGUAGUUGCUCAGUCCUGGGGGUGGGGUGCCAACCUGAUCUUCCAAGGCCCUUGGUUCCCUAUGGGCCCAGGAAGGUGUCUGAUACCCUGCUUCUCUUCUCAUACUGUGCUGGGGACUGGAGGCCUCAGUCAGCUUCACAGACGAGGGAGAUGAUGUCAUGGGGACUCUAAGCCCCUUCCUACAUUUCUGUUUACAGUUGUGAUUUAGUAUUCACUGUCUUUACCCAACACUAGGAAUUUUAUAAAAGGGAAACUGUGAGUUUGUCCUGGUUGGGUUCAUUCCUGUGCCCAUGCCCAGCCUGUUCCAUCUAGGAACACCCUCCCCCUGAUGAAAUAGACCAUAAAGGAUCUUGGGGCCCUGUUUAAGGCUACCUGGAGACUGUUAUGUACAGAACUCCCUGCUCUCCCCCACUAGGGGAGUUCUUGUGCAAAUGGGCACUCUGCCCACCUUUGGAUGAUGUCUGGAUGGGAUACCUAAAGGAACCCCUAUCCCUCUCUGCCCCUAGCCUGUGUGCCCACCAUCCCCAAUCAGGAGGCCCUGCAGGAGGUUAGCAAGGGGCAGAGCCAUCAGGUGUGUUACACCACAGGAUGCUGUGGUGGUUGAACCUGGCAUCUCGUAGAUGCCAGAAAAAUCUUCAGGUGACAUCUGGCCAUGGGCCACAGGCCAUGUCAUAUCCUCCUGACUUUCCUUACAUUCACUGCUUUUUAAACAAAUCUGUACAAACUGUUUUCUAUGAUACCUAUCUGUGACUUUCUGGACCUGGGGGGGGUUCCCCUACCCCCUUUACCUGGUGUUAAACUUUUCUUUUUGUACCAAUGGAUCUGGGCCCAAGACACUACUCACACUGGAAGGGGAUUUCUAUAAUAAAUGUGUAAACUGAA